UCUUGCAACGAGAGCGACGAGACCACAUUUGUUAAAUAAAUAUAUAGAAAAUUAGAAAUGAAGGUUCAUGAGUUUUCCAAUGGGUUUUCGUCGUGGGAGCAACAAGAGUCGCCAUCAUCCCUUAGUCUUAGCUGCAAACGCUUCCGUCCUCUGGCCCCUAAGCUCUCCGUUAGCCCUUCCUCCCCGCCUUCUUCUUCCUCGGGCGUCACUUCCGCCACUUUCGAUCUCAAGAGCUUCAUAAAACCUGAUCAAGCCGAUCCAACAAAAUCUGAUUACUCUCUUGAACACAAACGAGACUUUUCUCAAGUGGAGAUGCACCCUGGAGGGACAAGGUGGAACCCGACUCAAGAACAGAUAGGAAUACUUGAGAUCUUGUACAAAGGUGGAAUGCGCACUCCUAACGCGCAACAGAUCGAGCACAUCACUUCUCAACUCGGUAAAUACGGAAAAAUCGAAGGGAAGAAUGUGUUCUACUGGUUUCAGAACCACAAAGCCCGGGAGAGACAGAAGCAGAAGAGGAACAACCUCAUCAGUUUAGGUUGCCAAGGGAGCCUCAGUACAACUAGUGUCUCUAAUGCAAGUGUAACAAUGAAGACAAGAACAUCGUCUUCACCUGACCUCAAGAGAGAAUCAUUGGUGAUGAAGGAGUUGGUUGAAGAGAAUGAGUACAAGAGGACAUGUAGGAGCUGGGGAUUUGAGAAUUUGAAGAUAGAGAGCAGAAGAAACAUCAAUAGUAGUAUAAAUGCUACUAUAGCAACUACUUUUAAUAUUGACAAUGUAACCCUUGAGCUUUUUCCUUUGCACCCUGAAGGUAAAUGAAGAAGGCGAGGCAGAAAAUGUGGAAUUCUUAUGUAGAUCUUGUUUGGGUUCAGACGAAGUAGUUGGUUUCUAGAUAUUCAAAAUAAUAAUUAUAUAUAUGAUAAAUAAGUUUCUAAAUUCAGAAUCUACUUAAGAAUUCCCUUGUAAUCUGCGAGUCUGACGUAUCCUGUGUAGAUGUCUUUUGCAAUGUAUUCUUAAUUAUGAAUUCUCUUAGUUUAGAUCA